AUGGAUCCCAAGCGCUUAUGCAAGAAAGAGCAUUGCCUAUAUCUAAAAAGUUCGGAGUUUAAAAGGGUCAAACAUUCUCUUAUUGUAUGCGUUUAUGUUGAUAACCUAACGAUUACGGGCUCACACUUGAGUUCUAUAACUUAUCUUAAGACCCUGCUUUCUGCAAAGUUUACUAUGAAAGACUUAGGCAACCUCCACUAUUUACUUAAAAUGGAGAUUAAAAGGAACCUCGAAAGAAAGACUCUGUGUCUGUCUCAACAAAAACACAUUCAGGACCUUUUGGAAAAGUUUGAGUUGCGUGGCUGUAAAGUAGCGCCCAUCCCACAAGCUAGAAGCGUUGUUUUAGAAAAGAAAGAGACCCUAACACCCGAACAGAUAGCGGCCCAGCCGUUUGGUUAUAGGGAUUAG